GGAUCUCCUGGUAGCAGAAAUGAUGAUGAGGAGGUUUCAAGUGUUCGCCAGACAAACGAUGGAGCCUGUUUUCUCAGAGGGAAAAGAUCAAAAUUACUGAUGUGCUGUCCAAUAUUGUGUUCUAAUCGCUGCACGAGAAUGGAUACGUGUAAGAAUAUACUUUAAAGUUUUGUUGUUGCAAGCAGGUUUUAUUAUUUUGUCCGUUACUAAGGACCUUCUGCUCCGACACCCCAGAGUGCUCUCAGUUAUCUGCUUUAGGGUUUCGUUAAGGGCAGCUGUGAGACAUCUUGGCCUAAGAGUGAUCCAGCUCCUGGUGUAGGAGAGUAUUUUCAUCAUGGGUAAACAGAACAGCAAGCUACGUCCAGAGGUUCUGAAUGACCUGCGGGAAAACACAGAAUUCACAGAUCACGAGCUGCAGGAGUGGUACCGGGGCUUCCUCAAAGACUGUCCCACCGGUCACUUAACCGUGGAUGAGUUUAAGAAGAUCUAUGCCAAUUUCUUUCCAUACGGGGAUGCCUCUAAAUUUGCAGAACACGUAUUCCGUACAUUUGACACCAACGGUGACGCGACUAUUGAUUUCCGGGAGUUUAUCAUCGCUCUGAGCGUGACAUCACGUGGAGGUCUGGAACAGAAGCUUCGCUGGGCCUUCAGCAUGUACGACCUGGAUGGAAAUGGAUACAUCAGUCGAGCUGAGAUGCUGGAAAUAGUGCAGGCAAUUUACAAAAUGGUGUCCUCUGUAAUGAAGAUGCCAGAGGAUGAGUCGACCCCAGAGAAACGCACUGACAAGAUCUUUCGACAAAUGGACACAGACAAUGAUGGGAGACUUUCCCUGGAGGAGUUCAUCAAAGGUGCCAAGAGCGAUCCCUCCAUUGUCCGACUACUCCAGUCCGAUCAGAGCACUCCUCGCUAGUCGUGAAAGCCGCAACACCUACCGAAAACCACGUCAUAUAUUCACACUUCAGACAGGAGGAUCAGCUGGUUGCUCUUCAAGGCAUGAACUGCAUUUGAGGAACAAUUUGGCUUCAUAUACAUGAUGUUAGUCACAAAAUCUGCUCAUAGACAUAGCCCUGGCUUUGAGAAGGACCAUAUUAUAUUUGAUAUGUUUCAUCAUUUCCUAAAACAUCACAUUUUGUGUAAUGUGCUGAAUAUCAGAAGGUCAAGACAAUCAGUUAUAUUUAAAUAUAUAUAAAUAUAAAUACAUUUAUAACAGUAAAAGUAUUGGCUAUUUUUAAUGCAGUUUAAGCAGGCUUAAGGAGAAGUCAUUUGGAUAUGCCACUGCCAUUGGAAUAAGGCCCACUAUGUUUUUCCUUUGUUUUAAACCCAAUAUGCAAACAAAGAUAAGUAGCACUUAGUAGAAGUAGUAAGUUAAAGCUCAGUCCAAAAAUCCUGUUAGUGUACAUUUGAUUUGGUUUUGUAAAUUUUUGGUUUUUGUGGAAAGUGUUUAGUCUUGUAUUGAAUUUGUUAGAAACUUCAGUUUUAGUCUUUAGACUAUUGCUGUUUGCCAGCUUACGUAGUUUAGGGUUCUGCCACUAUGCUUUAAGAGCAAUUUGCCAAAAUAGUGUUUUUGUCUAUUGUAACAUUCCUUGGUUCAGUAAAACAAAAAAAAAGUAUAGUAAUCAAUGCUUGUGCACUUGAGUAAAGUUAUAUUGCUGUAGCUCAGUUUAGUCAACAGUAGAUAUGUAAGCUCGAAUCCAGAAAAAUGCUGUAGUUGCAUGAAUUAUGCAUUGAGAAGUUAAGCAACCAACCAUAAUAAGGAUGCCUAGUGAUACCCAUACAAACGUGUUUAGUAGGAUUUGUACAUCUAUAAUAAAGUGAAGUCAUUUUA